AUGUUUGCUGGUAUUUCUGGAAAUCAGCCCUCUCCUCAAGGUUUGUAUAUCUUUUUUGCAAUUACUAUUGUAAACUCUGGUUUUUAAGAAGAGGAAUUUACCCCAAUGGAAGGGUGGAGAGCCGAUAAGCCUGAGAUUUUUGCUGAAUUUAUCAGUUAUUAACGCUGAUGCAGCUAUUUGAAACGUGAAUUAAGAAUUUAACAGUUUGUUGUAUUGAUUAUUUCUUGGUUGGUUGUUUCUUACAGCCAUGAGGCCAGAGUUGUUUGAGGUAUGACUACAUUCGAAUUCAGUUUUAUUUACAAUAACAUAAAGUUCAUCAUAUUAAGAUUCUACUGCUUACAUCAUAACAUGCAUUAUAUCUUUUGGAAAAACUAAAGGUAAUUUAAAAAUAGAAGAUGCGUUUAAUUCUAUUUAUGGUACACAAUAAAUCUAAAAAAUAUCUCAGUGAUCGGAUUUUGUAUCGUGUUUCUUUCGUUAGGAAGUGAAGCUGUACAAGAAUGCUCGUGAGAGGGAAACGUAAGUAUUGCACCUGACAAAUUUAAUGAUGUCAUUAAGUUUAACGCUUUACCCCAGUAUGGAGGUGACUCAUUCUUGAAGGAUGAGGAGGUUGCUUGUAAAAGGGGCAUUAGCCCAAUGGUCAGGUGCAAAAAUUUAGAUUGGAAGAUCUGAGUUCAAGUCCUAGCAGGAAAUAAAUUAAUGAUUUUUAUGGCUUAUUCUGGGCUCUCACAGUGUGUCUCCUCCGGGAGUGAAAUCAGGGAAACCAAAUGAAAUUAGAGGGGGAGGGGGUAUAUGGACCAGUGUACAAUGAAUUUACCUCCCAUUCAGAGGUAAUACUUGGUAAUAACCUUACCUGUUUCAUAUAAAGUUAGGAAUCAAAGUUUUGUUAAGUUAUGGCUCACAAAGCCCACAAGUUGUAACUUGACACAUUACAGGUAAAGCAGCUAUUGAGAUGCCUGCCAACUGUAGCAUAACACAAAAAUCAAUAGCAUUGUUUAAUCUUAAACCUUCACAGGGCCAGUCUGCAGAGUAUGGCAGAACUUGUAAGAUCUUGCAUGUGCAAUGCAGUGAUUCUGUGAUGUAAAGUGAAUGUUGAAGAAAUACCUUGUGAGUGUACCUGCUGUACUCUGUAGACUGGUUACUUGGUCACCUUUCCCCAACCUCUGCCAGACACCCUCAAUAAGUAAGCAUUGUCUCAUGUUCUAAAGAUUAUGAAAUCUCAUGAUUCUCAACUGCUGCUGGAUGUCUCUCCUAUUAACCCUGAUGGUGUUAGCCCAAUGAUGUUUGACACAGUUUUUUUAGUUCCUUACAUUCGCUCUAUCUUUUCAGAUAUGACAACAUGGCAGAUCUAUUUUCUAUCAUCAACACUUUACAAUGUUUGGAGAAAGCUUACAUCAGAGAUGUAGUGACACCAAGAGAGUGAGUGUUGUCAGUGAUUCCUGAUAAACUUUCGUUUUCUCUAACUUAAAGUUCUUAAAAUUUAAUUUCAAACCACUCAGAUAAAAGCUAAUAUUUUCAUUCUGAUGUAAACCUUUUUAAUGCCAGCUAAAAUUGCUUAGCCAUGCAGAUUUCAUAAUUUUUCAGGUUAACAAUGUGAUUUUUUAAGCCCUGAUAAUUUUCCUCUUUCUUUAUAGUUGAUUCAAUACGUCUUUCUCCCCCUUUUUUGCUAAUCUUAUCUUGUUUACACAGUGUACUCCACAGAAACAUGAAAAAGAGUCAAAUUAAAUUAGUUAAUUUGAGUCUUUCUUCAGGUUAACUAACAAUUGUUUGCCAAAGGCAAAGAGAUUUUGUUGUGUAAUUCCUAAGAAAAAGAUGAGGGGCCUACUCAACAAUGCUCACUGGGUCUGAGGCAAAUGAUUGUUCAAGUAUUAUUGCUUGGGUGUUUUCAAAUUUUUUGUUAAUUCAAUCUGUAAAUGAAGAAAGCAUUGUGCAUUUAUUUUCUACAAUUGCAUUGAUUACUUGUAUCAAGAUAAACGUGUAAGUUUAAUUAACAGGUAAAUUUUAUUCAAUCACCAAAACUUCAUAUCUUUCUUUUAAAAAGUGUUCUGCCAAUCUUUUAGCAUCUUUUGGGACCUUUCAAAUUUGAAUUUUCUCCUUUAGAAACAUUGACAAAAGGCAGCCAUUUUGAAAUUUAGUACUCCUGCUAUAAUCACCUCUUGCUUGGGGAUUAUGGUGAGAUACAAUGUAAUCUGUGACCAAUCAGAGUGUGCACAUCUCUAUAAACACUUGAGCAUCUAUACUAAUUAUAAUUAUUAUUGAAUACAGCUUUUGCUCUCAGCCCACACAGUUAAUGUGAGUUAACUAACUGAUUGCUAUACUUAACAGCAUUCACUGUAUAAAUUUUUCUUAGAUACACUGCUGCAUGUUCUAAAUUACUGGUUCAAUACAAGGUGAGUUAUACACCUCUUGGUUUUUUAUUAUAACAAUUAAUACCACCAUGAUUGUGACCUUUUUGAUUUACACUGCUAAAUUGUCUCCUUGCUCUGUAGGAGUAGAUUUUGGCUAAAGAAUCCUUUCCUACUAAUUGCUUUGUUUCAACAUGGUAUCUUAAAUUUAAACUAUGUGGAGAUGUUUGUUUUUUGUCCUUAAAAGAAGUCUCCUGGAGUGGUGCUUGAAAUACUUCCACCUAGUACUAAUUUAUUAUAGUGUGAAUUAAUAUUGUUAAGUUAGUUAACAGGAGGUGCUAUUUUCAGGCUGCCUUCAAGCUUGUGCAGUCAGCUGAAUAUCCAACAGUAGAGGCUUUCAUGAAAAAAUUUAGGGUAAGAUUUUUAUGAACCUGCUCUUUUUUCUUUUGUUGGGUUUUCUUUUAUUUUUUAAACACUAAUGUGGCUCAUUGACUGAAAGAGAGUGUAAAAGCAAUUAAUUGCAUAAUUUUAGUGUAAAUCACAAAAGAUUAGUCAUGGACUCUUUGUGAUUUGGCAGGUGUACUUUUACAACUCAUUGUUUAAAAAAUGUUAUCAUAAUAAUGUAUUGAUAUCAAGACAGAGAGUUGUACCUGAAGAAACCAAGUUACCCCAGAACCCUCUGUUCUAAUAUCAAUACUCACUGGUCUAAUAAUUACUGGGUAUAACUUGAAGUACAACUAUCCAUCCAGAAAGUCCCUUUAAAAAAACUGAUUUCUAACAUAGGACCUCAUCUUUCAUUAGUUGAAUUUACCAUUCCUGUGACACAUGAAAUACACUAGAUUAACCCUUUAACUCCCAAGAUCUGAUUGUUAAUCCUCCCUUCUAGCUGAUACACAUUCCCUUGUAAAUUGGUUACAAGAAUUAGGUGUUCAAUCAAGGUAACAUCUUGUACCUGAUGAGUUUGAGUAUUAUCACUGCCUGUUUUCGAGAUAAUGUACAGAUAUUAUCGGGAGAUGUUACAUGUUAAUAACUUCUAGGAGUUAAAGGAUUAAAGGAGAAAAAAAAGAAAUCAAGAAAGACAGAUGUCCAAAUGCUAUGUUCAUUGUGAAGAGUUUGGGCGGCUGGAGUUAAAAGCAUUUAAGUUACAUCUAUUUUAUCUACUAUUAAUGUGAUUCAUGCAAGUGUGGUAUUUGCUUGUUUAGCUGGAUUGUCCUGCUGCUCUGGAGAGAAUAAAAGAGGGCAGACCCAUCACUAUCAAGGAUGAUAAAGGAAAUACCAGUAAAGCCAUUGCAGACACAGUUUCAGUGAGUAAAAGAUGUAUCAUGUAAUCAUGCAAGUGCACAUUGUAUCACAUAGCUAUUGAAUGAAGUAAUGUUCAUCACAGAAGUGAAUAUGGUUUUAAGUUGUGGCAUUUCUUCAAUUGGACUGGAUACUCAGGUCUCAAGAUGAAAUUAUAUUCAUUUUAGUGGAUUUAUAAUUUUUUGUCUUUGGUUAAGUAAAGUAAUCUUUUGAGGGGAUGUUGAUGGCAUUGUUUUUGGAAUGGAGUGGAGUUGCACAAUUUUUUUUUUUGUUUGCCAUUUCCAAAUUCUCUGUCUCCACUGAUGAUCCACAACUGAUAUUUGAAAUUAGGAGAAUUUCAAGAGAGCAUUUUUAGUAAUACUAUAUACAUGAGUUCAUGAAAUUUCAGGUGUAGGAGUUCAAGCAUAUUGGUUUUAGGCAAGAAAUUAUCCCCUCAGAUCCCCUUUCACUUGUUCACAUGUUCUCACAGUUAUUGUUUCUUUGCUUUAAUUUAAGCUCUUUAUAACAAUCAUGGACAAGCUUAGAUUACAGAUCAGAGCCAUGGAUGAGGUAACAUAGUACUAGUGAUAGUGACUUAAUAAGUAUCAUUUCAUCAAGCUUUCAUCUAGGUUAUAAUCUAAGACUUUCCUUAAAGGAAAUGGUUACACUCAGGUAUUCUGCAUGGUAUGGAUGCUUUUGUGAAGUGCAAGUCACAAGUGCAAGAUGGUUUUUCAAAUUCAGAGCAGAAAAGUUUUUUUAGUCUUGCAUUUUUUUUACAAUGCCCUGAAAGUUUAUCAGGGAGCCUCAACUUUAUCCAUUCAGGUAGCCCAAAGAUGUUUGUCUUUGGAUUGUGUCAAUUUCUGAUUCAGCCAAUUCUAAUGUCUAAUGUUAAUUAGUUGUUCUCUUUACAACAAUCCCUUACUGUGAUUAUAAUGGUUAUUUACAACACAGAUUCAUCCAGAUCUGAGAGACUUAAUGGAUACUAUGAACAGCCUCAGUGCACUCCCUGAGGAUUUUGAGGGAAAAGUCAAAGUGAAUGGGUGGUAAGUUUUAAUAAAUGUUGUUUAGAAAUAAGAUUAACAAUGAGCGCUGGAUCAUUAUCCAGCAAAUUAAAAUUGUCAUCCAUCACCUGCCAGUCAUUCACUGCAAGCAAAAAAUAGCCUGAUGAGGAUGGAGUGGAAAUUGCUAGUACGACAGUGAUUUAAGGGUUGAUGUGUGAAACAACUACUUACGCCAUAAAUUAUUAAAGAAGUCUGCUUGAACAUCCGUCCAAUAAAUGUUGCUGACUUACAGGUUUUUCUCUCUGUAAAUCAAUCUUGCUCAGCUUAAAAUGAGUUGCACUUUAAACAAUGGACAGAGACAGUACUUAGAUUGUGGGAGAGUUAUGGGAUGAGGGUACUCUGGAGUAAUAGCAAAAUUUACCACACUAAUGAAUAAGGGGGUAAGUUUCUAAAGAAACUGUGGUGCUGCGUGAGUGGGAGAGUAUAACAGGGUAAUUAAGUAUUAUCAACUGAGUUGUUAAUGUAAAUUGGCCAUCGUUAGAGUUUAAAAGUUGACAUUUCAAGCGUUAGCCCUUCAUCAGAGUGAUUGAACUCCCUUUUACCAUACUGUGUCAUAUAGUGAGCAAAUUCUGGGAGUGCAUGGUAUCCUGCACUCUACAGAUUUAACUGGUCAUGUAAAGCUCAGGUUUAAUAAGACUCUCAUUGGUAGUGGCCCAAAUUUGUAGAAUAUGGAUGUAAGCCAGAUAUUACUAGUACCAAUCCCCUACAUUUGGGGCUUUUGUACUUUACCAACAUUCUUACUUAAACCAGGCGUAACUCAAAGACAACUAGCAGGUUCAAAUUCAAGUGAAUGAUAUAUGGUCAUAAAUCACACAAACUGUUUACCACUGCUUACUGAUUACUGAUUUGUUUUGCCUGUAAACUGUAGGUAUGAAACACUGAGCAGUAUGAAAGCAAGUGAUGAACUUACUGAUGAACAAGUGCGACAGAUGUUGUUUGAUUUAGAACAGGCAUAUAAUGCAUUCAACAGAUCUCUGCAGCAUACCUAGGUGGAGCGGAGUUAGUUAUAUUCACAGUGCUAAAAAUCUGUUAAGAUCUUAUAAUACAUGUUAACAUCUUUGCAAUCACCAGAUAUAUCUUUGUCUUGUUAACAGUCUUAUCCCUAAACAUGAAUGGUAGUCUUCAAGAUUUUUUCAGGAAAUUCAAAUUUAACUGUGAUGUAGUGCAAUCUAGAUGUGAUCUUAUACUCUUCAUUCAGGCCACUAUUAAACUGCAAAGAAAAUCUCCUUGUAGUUUUGAGGAA